AUGGCGGAUUGGGGUCGCGCUCAGAGCCCUGGUGCUGUGGAUGACAUUCUGGACCAGGAGAACAAGCGGAUGGCAGACCACCUGGCCUCUAAGGUCACCCGGCUCAAGACGUUGGCUCUGGACAUUGAUAGGGAUGCAGAGGAGCAGAACCGUUUCCUGGACAAUGUGGACUCAGACUUCUUGAGUGUGACGGGCCUGCUCAGCGGGAGUGUGAAGCGCUUCUCCACCAUGGCAAGGUCUGGCAGGGACAACCGGAAACUUAUGUGUGGCGUGGUAGCAGGCUUGCUUAUAGCCUUCUUCAUUCUCUCCUACCUCCUGUCAAAGGCGAGGACAUGA